GCGUUGAAAACUGGCACACUACAGCAGUAGCACCAUCGGAUUUGAGGCCGUGCUGCAGGUACGGCCCUUCACCCGAAGUCACAUUGAUCGAUGCCCAUAUUGUCCAAGAGAUGUGUUCCCUUGCUGCUGGCAGAUGCAGUACUUCUCGCCAACGUUGCACUUGGGUUCAAAUUGAACCUGCACACGAGGCCAGCUACAGCACCGCUAACGAGACGAUGCACGAUGGACAGCAUCUCGUUCAGAACGGAGGUUCACAUCCCCACGUGGCCGCAGCAUUCUCAGCUGGGCUAUGCAGACUCUUUCUUUCUACUGGGAUCAUGCUUUAGCGAUAACAUUGGAACGCGGCUGUCCAACGCGAAGUUCCAAACUUCGAUCAACCCCUCGCAUGGACUCCUUUUCAGCCCGCUGUCGGCGGCAGCGGCUCUGGACAGGAUGGUGUCCGGAGUUUUCUACGAGGAGGAUGCCGAAGGGAUGCUAGUGUUCAGCGAGGGCAAGGGGUUGUGGUCUAGCCUGGAGCAUCACAGCUGUUUCUCGUCGACUUCGAGGAAGGACUGCCUACGCGGGAUGAAUGCGGCCUUGGCAAAGGGUCGAGAAGACCUCCUUUCGGCUAGCUGUAUCUUCAUCACUCUCGGAACGGCGUGGGUUUUCCGACAUCGCGAGUCAGGCAAAGAUGUGGCCAACUGUCACAAGCUCCCCGGGUACAGCUUCGACCGUCGCAUCGUCUCUGUGGACGAGAUCGCCCAGGCCCUGCACCGCUCGCUAUCCAACAUGCUUCGCGCGAACCCGAACGCGCGCGUGCUGCUCACGGUGAGUCCGGUGCGCCACUGGCGAGACGGGGCGGUCGAAAACAGCAGGAGCAAGGCUCAUCUGUUGGCCGGAGCGCACGCCGCGAUCGAUUCGUUGCGUGCGGCAGGCGUCGGGGAAGGGGAAGUGGACGGGGGCCCCGGGCGAGUCGCCUACUUCCCGAGCUACGAGAUCGUCAACGAUGAUUUGAGGGAUUAUCGGUUCUUCGAGUCGGAUAUGAUCCACCCCAAUGGCGUGGCAGUGGACUACAUCUGGGACAAGCUCACGGGGGCGAUGUUUUCGGACGAUGCCAUGCGGACCAUGCAGGAGGUCCAGAAGGUCGUGCAGGGGACGGAGCACCGACCCUUCAAUCCCAAGAGCGAUGCUCACCAGAAGUUUCUGAGAAAGCAGCUCCUUAAGGUUGACAACCUUGAGCGAAAAUACCCGGGCUUGAAGCUCGACGACGAGCGAGGAUUUUUUCAGGCUCAAGUUCUUGAGCCCGUGGCAGCUUCUGCACAUUGAUUGUCGUCCCCGCAUGCCGUUUCCUCGGCGUCAUGGCUCAUAAUGUGUGUGCUCUGUCGUGUGUCUUGUAGCGGAUGCGGAGUCGGCGUGUGGGAUCGCGUGAGACGAAAAAAGUGAGGUGUAAGAUCAAAUUUGGCUGGAUAAGUAUCGCAUAUGUAAAAAAAUGGUUAUAGAUACACGUAAAGGGCGGUUGUGAUGCUAUGCGCGUGUGUGAGCGUUGGCUACUUUUGCUCCACACGAGAGGCGUCCAGUGUGAUAAAUAGAGAUCCUAGGACAUAAACAAAUGGUGCUAGACACGCCUCGGGCUACUCAUUUCGGACCAUCCUCGUACAACCUUG